CGUGAGAAACCAGAAAUGAGUACAAUCCCGCGCUCGAAUCCGUGGUAACUGGCGAAAGAGAGCGAGCGAGAGAGGAAGAGAGAGAGAGAGGAUCUUCGUCUCCGUGCUAUCCUUCUGAUCUUGCGAACCCUAAUCUACUUUUACCACGGCUGUGAGGUUAUUUUUUAUGCGCGCUGCUAGCUCUGUUGUGAUGCUAUUAUAAAUUAUUAGAACUGAUCUUAUGUUUCAUGGUUAUGGCAUCAUUUGGAUUUGUGUAUGACUCAAAACGAUUGUAAUUUCUCUGGGCACCGUUAUGUGCCUCGGUGAAUAAAUAAGACUGACUGCCAAAAUAGCUCUAUCUUGAAUGAAUGGGUGCCACCUUGCUUUAUGAAAAUAAAAUUUUGGAGGAAAAAGUUUCAGAUGAUGUAGCUACAACACGCGGUUCCUUGACUAUUAAAGUAGCUGCGAUGAGCAAUGAUGCUGAUAAUGGUUGCUUGGGUGUUUCCGGUGCUGUACAAUUUGAACAUAAUGGCGAGCAGAGAGGCAAUACAUUGUGUGAUCUCCAUCAUCAGGAAAAUUAUGGUGAUGAUGAGUACGAUGAGGAGGAUGACAGUGAUUGGGAACCUGUUAAUCAUUUAGUCUUCAAGAAGUGGUUCUGCAGUAACUGUACAAUGCCAAAUUUUGAUGAUGUUUAUCACUGUGAUGUUUGUGGAGAACAAAAGGAGUCUGAGAUCUUCAGUCAUGAGCUUUUUAAGCACUCUUUCGGUGAUGGAAAUUGGAAUUCCAUCAAUACUGAAUCACUUCAAAUGUUUCAAGGUACAUCUUGCAAGUCAAGUACAGCCGUGGGUUUUGAUGAAAGGAUGUUGCUUCACUGUGAGGCUGUGAUGAAGUCUCAUCCACACCCAGAGAGACCUGAUCGCCUUAAAGCCAUUGCUGCCAGUCUUGCUGCGGCAGGAAUAUUUCCUGGAAAAUGCACGCUAAUACCUGCCAGAGAAAUCCAACUAGAAGAGCUCCAGAAGGUACACUCAUCAGAUCAUAUUGAAGCUGUCCAACAAUCAAGCUGCUUGCUUUCAAGCUACUUCACUCCAGAUACAUACGCCAACCAACACUCAGCCUUGGCUGCUAGACUAGCUGCCGGACUAUGUGCAGAUCUUGCUAUCUUCAUUAUGUCUGGAAAGACUAGCAAUGGUUUUGCCCUGGUUAGACCUCCUGGGCAUCAUGCCGGUAUAAGACAAGCCAUGGGUUUCUGCCUUCACAAUAAUGCUGCUGUUGCUGCAUUGGCAGCCCAGACUGCUGGAGCCAAUAAAGUCUUAAUUGUUGACUGGGAUGUACACCACGGCAAUGGUACUCAAGAAAUAUUUGAUGGAAACAAAUCGGUCCUGUAUGUUUCUUUGCACCGACAUGAGAAUGGGAGAUUUUAUCCCGGAACGGGUGCAGCUAAUGAGGUUGGUGUUAUGGAUGGUAAGGGAUACUCAGUUAACAUACCUUGGAGCCGAGGGGGUGUUGGAGAUAAUGAUUACAUUUUUGCUUUUCAGCACAUUGUCCUUCCCGUAGCUUCGGAAUUUGCACCGGAUAUUACCAUAAUAUCAGCGGGAUUUGAUGCAGCAAGAGGUGAUCCACUUGGUGGUUGUGAUGUGACCCCUGCUGGAUAUGCAAUGAUGACACAUAUGUUAUCCUCCCUCUCACAAGGAAAGUUGCUGGUGAUACUUGAGGGAGGCUAUAACCUACGCUCCAUAUCAUCUUCAGCUACAGCAGUUAUUAAGGUGUUGCUCGGUGAAAUUCCAAGAUAUGAUAUGUCUGAUGUCAAGCCUUCCAAAGCAGGCCUUGAAACUGUCCUGCAGGUUCUGAAAAUUCAGAUGAAGUUUUGGCCCAUUCUGGGAACAAAAUUUGAGGCUUUGCGUGCAGAGUGGAAAUUGGUUGCUUCAAACAGGAGGAAAUUUGGGAAGAGGAGGAGAUUCUUUUUGGGGCCAAUAUGGUGGAGAUGGGGAGCUAAAAGGUUUGUUUAUGAACUACUUUAUGGACAUAGAAAGAUGCGGCGGCAUUCAAAGAGGUUCCUUCUAUGAUUUUGAAGUCUUGAGAUGAUCAGGGAGAACAUCCACUAUCUUCCACUGGGAAAUUUUUCAGCUUAAUUUUGGAACCAAAUGCUGAUUGACUUUCUGUAAGUUUUAGUUUGGGUCUUUUUAAUAUGGUUUUGUUUGAUUCUCUAUAAUGACUAAUGUGAUAGUACUGGAGGGUUAGCAUUAGCAGACUUGAAUAUCUGAUGAAAUGUGAUCAGAAUGACCAAAUAUUGUAGAAAGAGAACCCUUAUCUCUGCAUUUAAUCGUCUUUUCUUUCUCUGA